AUGGAGAAAGCCUUCACAAUUUUUCUCUCAACACUCUUCUUGCUUAUGGAUAGUUCACUCAUGACCCAAACCAACAUUACUACAGAUCAAUUAGCUCUUCUGUCUUUAAGAUCCCAAAUCAUUUCUGACCCCUUUCACUUCUUGGAUGAAAGUUGGUCUCCCGCUACGUCCGUUUGUCAUUGGGUUGGAGUCACUUGUGGCUCUCGUCACCAACGAGUAAAGUCCUUGAAUCUUUCCAACAUGGCUCUUAUAGGCAGGAUUCCCGGCGAAUUUGGAAACCUCUCGUUUCUUGUUUCUCUUGACUUGGGAAGAAAUAAUUUCCAUGGAAAUUUGCCUCAAGAAAUGACACGCUUGUGUCGGCUUAAGUUUCUUGAUUUAAGUUUCAACAACUUCAGUGGAAAGGUUCCUUCUUGGUUUGGGUUUCUACACCAGCUUCAAUUUCUAUAUCUUGGGAAUAAUAGUUUCACUGGUUCCAUCCCUUCUUCAUUUCUAAUAUUUCCAAACUUGAGACUUUGA